AUGGGGGAUGCCUCCCAGCAUCGCAACAUGUGGCUGGACGAUGGCGAGCACCGCUGCUUCGACAUCCUGGCGAUGUACUUUGGGUCCGACGACAAGUUCGAGUGCCCCGAGUGUGUGGCGGUGUUCCGCGCCAAGGACGCCAAGUGGCACCUCCUGCACCUCCUCGCCGUGUCGCAGCUCUGGCAGGACAUCAAGGGCAGGUACUCCGUCUUCAUGGUGCCGGACGACGAUCUCCUCAUGUCCACCCACGGUCAGUGGAAAGGAGUGGCCUUCCUGCACUUCAACCUGCAGCUCGGGCAGCCGGCGGUGUGCCAGCACCGUGACAGCACCACCAUGCAGCGACUGAUGCUGCGUGAGCCCGGGUCGGGCCUGCGCUACACCGCGUUUGUGGAGAUCAUGGCCCCCAUGUUCUCCGCCAAGGUCAUGGACGAGCUCAUCAUGCCCAACCUGAAUGACAGCUACACCGGCUACGGCCUGGACUCUGCCUGGCCCAGGAUGCUCGGCUACCCCAAGGACCGAGUGGCGGUGAUCGACGCCGUCUGCAUGUUCCACCCCGCCUACCAAGCCCCCAACAGGAGGCGGGUGUACAACAACCCCCACCCCCGUGGCUGGAGCACCUGGGACGAGGAGAGGGAGACCAUGCGGCGCUUUGGCGUGACGUGGGCGGCGCGCCAUGCCGCCGGCAUCAAGGACAAGCAGGAGCUCCACGUGUGGAGCAGCAUCCCCGAGGCCCAGUUCUGGGCGGACUUCCAGACAAAGCAGUGCAAUGGGGGGAACAACCCCAUGCCCAGCCGCAUCAGGGAGGUCGCCGCGAGCUCGACCAGCCAGACCUCGGCCAUGGCGGCCCAGGGCAUGCUGGCCAUCCAGGUCCUCAUCGACAUCGCCGCCCUGUGGCUGGCGCUCAGGAGAUGGGCGGGGCCCGGUUGGCAGGCGACGGUGUCCCUGGCGGGGAAGGCGGCCGUCCUGAGGCCCGGCUGGACCGGCUGGAAGAAGCUGGCCACAGAGGAGUAG